AGGAAACCAAACCUAAACGGACCUAGGAGGAGGGUUCUGCUAAAGGACACUGCUGAACAUUGAGAAUAUUGCAACCCCCUGCCUCCUGGAUUACCCGCUCCUGGAGUUCUCCGUGAUGCCCUCACGGACCCCUCAUGCAAGGGACAUCUCAGCACAAGGCUUUUGGCACUCCCGACACUGUUCAGGCUGAGUUGAAGAUCCCUCUCCUUUGCCGGGUGCCAAGAAAGAUGAACAGACCGGGCAAUAGAAAAAUAGUCAAAGAAGGAUCCAGUGAUUUGAAAUUCCAGAACUUCGCUCUGCCGAAAAAUAGGUCAUGGCCCAGAAACAACAGUGCCACAGGACAGUACCAGACUAUUAAUGAGCCUCUUCUUGAUGGUGAAAGGAAUUCCAUAGCAGUCCUGGAUGCAGCAAAAGGCCACACAGAUGAUGACUAUGAAGACCCUGAGCUUCGCAUGGCAGAAGACCGGCAAUCAGUGAAAAUCUUACCAGCCAGGCCUAUUAAGGAAUCUGAAUAUGCAGAUACACGCUAUUUCAAGGGUAUGAUGGACACACCCCUGUCCUUAGAUUCUAAGACCUCUCUCCCCACAGACAGGCAAACCUGGAUGAAGCUGGAAGAAGUGGAAAAACCCAUUUCCAAGGAUAUCAGAAACCAACAUGUUAAAGGAGACAAACCCACAAAGGGAAACAAGACUCCUUUACCACCUCCUCGGCCGCCCGUCAAGCUUCCGAAGAAGUACCAGCCCCUCCCCCCGGAGCCGCCGAGCAGCAGGCCGCCGUUCCCCCAGAGGCACACCUUCCCCGAAGCCCAGAGAGGGGCCAGACAGAUAAGCUUAAAGAACUUAAGUGAGGUCCUUGGAACAGAGAAAGUUCCUUAUCACCAGAUGAAGCCUGAAGCACCUCAUCUGCCACAAAACCAAAGUCCUCAAGAGAUUCCUUUUGCAGUUACCAGCUCUUCAUUCAUGACACGCAACCCGACCGUGCAAAACCGAGAUCAUAAAGAAAGCAUGCCAUCCUAUGCUCCUCAGAGAUGUCAGUCUCCAGCCGGCUCUGGCCCUCAGGAAAAUCCACUACUUCAUAAAAUCACGAGCAGGAGGAAGCAUUUCCCCACAAGGUCUGAUGGCAAGAACGUCCAGCACAACGAAUGGUACAUUGGAGAAUACAGUCGCCAGGCAGUGGAAGAGGCGUUAAUGAAGGAGAACAAGGAUGGCACCUUCUUGGUCCGAGAUUGCUCUGCAAAAUCCAGGGCAGAGCCCUACGUGCUGGCGGUGUUUUAUGGGAACAAAGUCUAUAAUGUGAAAAUCCGCUUCCUGGAGAGGAAUCAGCAGUUUGCCCUGGGGACAGGACUCAGAGGAGAUGAGAAGUUUGACUCAGUGGAAGCCAUCAUUGAACACUACAAGUAUUUUCCUAUUAUACUCAUUGACGGGAAAGAUAAAACUGGGACCCACAGAGAGCAGUGUUACCUGACUCAGGCCCUGCCUGUCAACAGACACUUCUCACCUAGGUAGCCUGGUCGUUGUUUCAUCUUCAGAUCCGUGGAUCCAGUGCCUCUAUCAUUUUUCCCUUUGUUUCAAAAACGAUUAUUUUCUGUGGCUUCAAGGAAUGAUUCCUUUGAUUUUGCAGAAAAGAAAAACAUUCUGCAAUGGAAACUGGAAAAUCAACAUGGUUUUGAAAGCUCACACCACAGAAGAAAUAAGUAUAAGAUGCAAAAAUUAAAAAAAAAAAACAACUGGUUUUUAAAAAAUAUCUUCCAAAGAACUACAAAGAAGCUCAUUAUGCUCAUGUUACAGAUGAGCAGCCACA